CAUCCGGGCUCUGAGGCGUCGCUGUAGUUCACAGCAGUCCCCGCGGGGUGGCAAAAGUUUCAUCCUUUCUGCUGACGGAGAUGACAUCGCUCUCGUGUUUGAUUUAAGGCCGUACUGCGCUUCCGUCAACAUUUCAGCAGCAAAAGAGGGGACUGCCGCAUGACGAAGAGGGAGAGAAAAGAAAACAUGCUGCAGAAUGAUGGAUGACGGAAGAACCAUGCUGCAAGACCUUGAUGAGCCUCUGAUGCGCCGAGAACGGGACAGACUCAGAACUUUUCAGAACUGGCCAGAUGAAGCUCCCGUCACAUCAGAGGACCUGGCCAAAGCGGGCUUCUACUUUCUGGGUUCUGAGGAUAAGGUCCAGUGUUUCUGCUGUGGAGGGAUUUUAAGACACUGGGUGGACGGUGACUGCCCGACUGCUGAGCACACGAGGCACUUCCCUGACUGCAAAUUCAUUCUGGGCCGAGCUGUGGGUAAUAUUCCACUUCAGCCCGGAUCCCCCGAUUUAGUGGAUGGCCAGCUGUUGAGCCAGCUUCAGAGAAUGACCAUGGACGACCAAGGAACAUCCGGACAAGCAGUCUAUCCUGAGAUGGAAGCUGAGGAUUCUCGGCUCACCACCUUUCACAACUGGCCCUCUGAGGCUUCCAUCCAGCCCGACGCUCUUGCCAGCGCUGGAUUCUUCUACACAGGCCAUGGUGACAAUGUGAAGUGCUUCUUCUGUGACGGGGGACUGAGGAACUGGGAGCCAGGUGAUGACCCCUGGCAGGAACAUGCCAAAUGGUUUCCUCGAUGUGAGUUUCUGAUCCAUUCCAGAGGUCAGGAUUACAUUACCAACAUCCAGGAUGCUCAUUUCCAUUUGGGAGACUCUGGGGGAGGAUCACAAACUUCACCAGGCAGAGAAAUUGGAUCAGGUAAUGAUUUGGUCGGGGGUCUGGGAGCUUCAUCCGCCAUGCUUUCUCCUGUGGUGCAAACUGUGCUCCAGAUGGGCUUUGAAGACAGCCUGGUCCAGAGUCUGGUUCAGACCAAAUACCUCCUGACAGGCCAGCACUACACAUCUGUGUCGGAUCUGGUUACCGACGUGCUGCAAGCGGAGGAAGAGGACAGACAGAGAGGCGCAAACAGCAGAGAGCCAGAGAUACGACAGGGCUCCAGUGCAGGACACGGCCGGACACAGACGCCUGCUCGAGAGAAAGCAGUGAAGGAAGCCAGCCCAGAGGAAUUGCUCCGCCAGCUGCAGGAGGAGAGAACCUGUAAAGUGUGCAUGGACAAGCUGGUGUCCAUCGUCUUCAUUCCCUGUGGUCACCUGGUGGUUUGUGGUGAUUGUGCUGCCAGUCUGCGUCACUGCCCCAUCUGCAGAGCUGUCAUUAGGGGCAGCGUUCGAGCUUUCAUGUCUUGAAGUGGAAAGCCAUCCUUAUACAAGAGUUUCUAGAGUGACCUUAAGUUCCCACUACACUCAGUUAUCCUUAAACUGAUUUAUUUUGGCUUAUUUUGUUACAUUUUGCAGAGUAGUUUAAUAAAAAUGUCAAUUUUCACCUACGAA